AUGAAUGGAGUAUUUGCGGUUUACAAGCCAUCGGGCAUCUCCUCUGCAAAAUGUAUAGGCGAACUUCAAGAGAUAUUUACCAAAUCCAAAACUUUUGCUCUCGAUUUAAAGGCAAUGAAAGAUAAAGUAUUGUACGAUCUAAGUCGAGACAAGAAAUGGAAGAACCGUGCACAAAAGAAAGCCGAUAGUACCAAGAUUAAGAUUGGACAUGGUGGGACAUUGGAUCCAAUGGCUAGCGGUGUUUUGGUUGUUGGAGUUGGAUUGGGUACAAAGAAGUUGCAGUAUUACUUAUCUGAAUGCCAAAAGACUUAUGAAACAAAAGCUUUGCUAGGUAUAUCCACAACAACAGGUGAUGCUGAAGGUGAGAUUAUAACAAAGACGAAUGUUGAUCAUAUAACCCCUGAAUUGGUGAAGCAGACGGUGAAAAAGUUUGUGGGAGAUAUUAAACAAACACCGCCCAUUUUCUCAGCUUUGAAGGUUAAUGGGAAGCCACUUUAUGAGUAUGCUAGACAAGGAUUACCGUUGCCGAAGGAGAUAAAAGUGAGAGAAGUAAGAAUAAACGAUAUCAAGGUCAUCGACGAUGAUUUGCUUUCAACAGACCAUGAGUUUACCAAACUCAAGAGUGAGUUGGAUGAAAAUGGUGUACCAAAGGAACAUGGAUUGAUGAAUAAUCCCACCUUGAAUGAUUCUCCUUUGUACUAUUCCAAAGAGUACUUAGAAUCUUCGGAAGGCGAUCUAGGUGAUGUUAGGCCAAAACUACUAGGAGAUGACCAGCACCAACCGGAGAAGUUGCCAUUGAUACAUUUUGUAUCGGACGUCUCAUCAGGCACAUACAUUAGAAGUUUGAUUAGUGAUAUUGGCAGAGCCAUGGAAUCUGCAGCUUACAUGGUUGAAUUAAUCAGAGUUAAACAGUCGGAGUGGCAAUUGGAGAAAAAUGUAUUUAGAAUGGAGGAUUUUGACAAAAGUGAGGACAUAUGGGGUCCAAUUUUGAAAAAAGUGUUGGAUCAAGGUGGAGAAAAUGUAGACUUGGCAACAGAGUUUGCUGCAUUAGAUAGACAGGUUGAAACUACGGGAAAAGGGGAAAUAGAAUCUAAGGAAGAAUCAAAUGAUGAUGAUGAUGCACCACGAGGAGAAAAGAGAACAAUUGAUAAAGUUGAAAAAUGA